GUUAGGCAUAUCAUCAAACGCAACAACUUAAGCGGGAGUUUUCUCGACGGCGGCGCCACCGUGCAGCGCAGCUUGGCCUUCCUGGAUUCCGAUAAUCAAUGGCCGGGGAUAUCGUGAUAAUAUUCGACUUCGACAGGACUCUAAUCGACGACGAUAGCGACCAAUGGGUUCUAACAAAUAUGGAUCUAACCGAUCACUUCAAUCAGCUCCGGGACACAUUGCCGUGGAAUUCUCUCAUGGAUGCAAUGCUGAAGGAGCUAUAUCUUCGAGGGAAAACUGUACAGGACAUUGCCGAGUGUUUGAAAAGUGUUCCAUUGCAUCCUCAUAUCAUUGCAGCUAUAAGAUCAGCUCAUGCCCUUGGAUGUGACUUGAAAGUGGCCAGUGAUUCAAAUUCGUUUUACAUAAAAACUAUUCUGGAGCAUCAUGGCAUAUACAGCUGUUUCUCAGAGAUCAUCACGAACCCCGUUUCUACAGAUGGUGGACGGCUCAGGAUCUUCCCCUAUCAGGAUGCUUCUUCACCCCAUGGUUGUGACCUCUGCCCACCCAACCUGUGUAAGGGAGGUGUUAUAAAGCAGAUACAGGCUUCCAUGUUGGAUGGGCCGAGUAAAAGAUUAAUAUACAUUGGAGAUGGCAAGAAUGACCUGUGUCCGACCCUGACACUUGUUGAAGGAGACUUCGUGAUGCCUAGGAAGAACUAUUCCUUAUGGAAGCACAUAUUGAAAAAUCUCCGGCUCGUGAAAGCUAAAGUUUGCGAGUGGAAUGAUGGGGCAGAUCUUGCAAGGAUCUUGAUCGAACUUGUUAACAUGCUAAGGUAAUGACACGACUCUGAUAGCUAAACUUACUGUCUAUGAUGUUUGGUCUUUAUUAACAUUGUUGUAUGUGAAGAAAAUUUGUAUGAGAAACUGUAUAGAACAAUACUUACAUAUCUGAAUUGCAGUAAUACUUUUAAAGGGAUUUAAACAUGCUUUUUUG